AUGUCGCUCGAUGUUGCUAUCCAGUCGGUGGUAUUCUACGUUUUAUCAUGCAGCACAUGCUCGAAGAUCAGCCACCGGCGCAAAGCGAAGGUCCAGGCGAAACGCGAGCGAGCAGAGAAACAGGCGUUGGAGACCGAGCAACCUGGCCUCUAUAGACACCCGUCGCCAUUCUCAACGAAUCCAUACUGGACCGAGGAAAUAAUGAUGGGACCGGGGCCACCGAAACAGAAAAAGGACAAAGGGAACAAAACUCCAAGUCAGAGAGCAUUGAAUACGGCAGGGCAUGGGAGCAGUUAUGCUGGGAGCACAGGAAUGAGUACUGACGCCCCUAGUAGUAGUCCCACAGCGGUUGAUGGCUCGCGUCUAUCCGGCGACGAUUGGAAUCGAAAGCGUUACCAACGAGAGGAUGAGGCGUUGUGGGGUAUCGACUUCCAGGGAUCAGGUCAAAAAAUAAAACAUGUUAUUGCAAAAGCAGGGGAAUCUGCUGGUCGACUUUUAAGCAAAUCACCAAUGAGAGAAGAGCCCUAUUAUAUGUCGAGGAAUCCUCCAGUCAACGACUUGCAUCCUCCGGUGGUUAGUUCACAUUCUAGCCGUAGCGAAACAAGAUGGAUGCUUCAACCCCCGCCAUCUGCAAAAAUCAUGGAAGGAAAAGUGAGAGUAAAUAGAAGCCGAGCAGGCAGUGACGGCAGUACUAUCAAGAAUUCUUUGAGUCGACAAAUGACCGAGAGAACACUUGAUUCAAAGUUGCAACGAGGCGAGACGCCAUCAAGGGCAGAGUCGAGAUCAAAAACACCCAGAUCGAGUCGACCAACGUUACAACGACAUGAAAGCAACCGAAGUUCCUCGCCAGAAUCUUCGGAAGGCUCUAGUGUUAUAAAAAGGAAACACAAGCCGCCGCCGUUAUCGAUAUCGACACCUACUAUGAACUCGUCUAUGGACACCCUUGAGCAGGUAUUGCCGACUCUCCCCGAGCCUGUAAAAGGUUCAGAAAUGAGAGAACGGUCUCCCAGACCACAUUUAAAAACGAUUAUCAGUUCGUCAAACCUGGGUCCCCAGGUCGCAAGUGGAGAUUUACCAUUGAGAGAACUUUCUUCGAACUCUACCAACAGUGAAAAUACCAUCGGGGAGCAAACAUCCACUCAGAAACCACUCUCUCCGACUACAGUUUCGAAUUCAAAUCCAAAGGCUUCCGAAGUGAUAAAGUCUCGGAUCGAUAACGAAUCAACGGAAAAUGCUCCGGCAGCGGACCAAGUCUCUUAA